CCUUUGGGACGCGCUGGGAACGCCCGGCCCGUGGUGCUUGGACUGGGUAGCUGUGGAUAAAUCACCGGGGCUGUGGGCGCGGUGGUGCUGCAUUUCUGGCGCAGCUCGCGUGUUGGCGGAGGUCUUGCUACCUUGCUCCGUGGGGCUGACCGCGGAGAAGGACACCCUUUCCAUCUUCGCGACCUUACGCUGGCUCCCACAGCUGCCCAGGUUCUUGCAGAGAGCCAGGCGAUAUUUAACUGCCACCUGUGUUGUGAACACUGUUUUCAUAAUGGAGUUUCCUGAUUUGGGGAAGCAUUGUUCAGAAAAAACUUGCAAGCAACUAGAUUUUCUUCCACUAAAAUGUGAUGCAUGUGAACAAGAUUUCUGUAAGGAUCAUUUUACCUAUGCUGGCCAUAAGUGUCCCUCUGCAUUCAAAAAGGAUGUCCAGGUCCCUGUGUGUCCACUUUGUAACGUCCCCAUCCCCAUAAAAAGGGGAGCGAUACCAGAUGUGGUGGUUGGUGAGCACAUGGACAGAGAUUGCACAAAUCAUCCUGGGAAGAAGAAGAAGGUCUUCACAUACCGGUGCUCGAAGGAGGGAUGCAAGAAGAAGGAGAUGCUGCAGCUGGCUUGUGUACAGUGUCAUGGCAACUUUUGCAUUCAGCACAGACACCCUCUGGACCAUGGCUGCAGGGCUGAGAGCUGCCCUGCCAGCAGAGCAGGGGUUCAGGCCAGAAGAGCCUCUGAGUCUAAGCUAUCAGGAUCUCUAAACUCCCUGUCUUCCAGUUGGCUGGCCCAGCGACUCAGGUGGAAAUUGAAGCGAUGAGCAGACUUUGUGCAUAAUAAGGUGUACAGCUUGUCUCUGCACUUUUCCAGCCUGCGGGUGACUGAUGGUCUAAUACUUUCUUCUCCUGGGGAGCAGUCUUUCAUUAAAACUUUUCAGCGAUUCAUACAAAUUUGAGGGGGAUAUUAAGUGAUACUCCCAAGAUAAGUCACGUCACCAUAAUGAGAUCAGGUAGCUUUAAGAGCGAAGGAUACAAAUCAGCCAGAGCAGCAGCAGUUCUGCCUGGGACUUUUAUCAGUCCAGGACCCAGUCUUCUGAAGAUUCUGUCCCUUAAACACCAGACAGCUGGGCAGAGCUCUGGGCUCUUCUCCAUGCAGCAUCUGUAUCGAGUUAGCCAUUUGAGGCCAAGGACAGGAGGAACCUCUCUUGCCUUAUUUGGGUCCAUGUCUAGGGCAGCCCUCUGGCCACUUAAGGUCCCUGAGAGAAUGUGAGUCAGUCUUGCAUCCAUUUCUGAUUCCGUGAUGCUGGGACACUCUUGAGAGAGGUGUGUGUUAGUACUGCUGCAUGCUGUUUCUACCACAGCAGCGUCUAGAACUGGCCCCUAGACAGCUCACUUGUGUCUGGCUUUGGUUUCAACUCCAAGAAGAAUUACAAGAUGGCAGCAGAUCAAGAGGAAGCCCUGUCUGGUGUUGAAAUGAUGAAAACUUCCAGAAGUGACUUAAAACUACAAAGCAGGCAGAGGGGCUGGUUUGAUGUUUUGAAAGAACAGAAAACCCAAGGAAUGGGGAGGGGCGAGGGGCAAGCUGGGGUAGGUAACCCACAGUCUCAAGGUUUGGAUGAUGAUCCUUUUCCUAUUCCUAUUACUGGCCAUGACCUCAUCAGCAAGGCCCACAUUCUAGGAACCCCGGUGACUUGCAGACACGAGCAUUAGGUUCAGGAUCAGUCAAGUCCUCUUGUUUCCCAGGGCCUUGGGAGUCAGGGCUGAGGUGAAGUAGUGCCGUACCAGCCAGUCCUGAUCCUAACCCCACAGUCUGGACACACCGUCCAGACUUCCCACUGAGAUAGUUUAUUGCACCUGGACUAGAAGUCCUAGCAAACUACCUUUUCUUCUGGUUUCAUAGCCUCUAAUUAUAAUGGGGGAGAGGGGCUCAGUUACAUUCCACACGAAGGUGGUUGAGGCUGUUUUCAUGCUGCCUUGUUUAGUGGUGCUUGCUCCAGGCUGGUCAUUCUCAGGCACUAACACCCAUCAAUCAGCAACACUGGGCUCUUUCCAGAGUGCUGGGCCCACCCCUGCCUCUCUGACGGAGGUCCGAGUGGACUCAGAUUUGCAGUUAGAUCUAGUCCCAGGUUGUGCUGCAGGUCUGGGGGCUCAUUUGGGCAGACCACAUCUGUCCAGCACAGCUCCCAUUAACCAUUCAGGCAGUGGGUGCUUGAAACACAGCCAGGACAACUAAAUCUUUAAUUUUACUUGUUUAAAACUGCUCAGUUCAGUUGUUAGAAUACUUCUAAAUAUGUUAGGAGCCUGGGUAUAUGAAUCUACCCUGGAUAUAUGAAUUUGUAAAAGUUUUUGUUUUUGGUGCUAGGGAUGGAAACCAGCCUUCCAUAUACUAAGCAUGUGUUCUACCACUGAGCUACAUCACCAGCCCUAUAAUUUAAUUUUGUGAAAUCUAAAUACAGAUCAGCCAUUUCUGAUGAAAAUGUCAUGUCCAAAUUGAGAUGUAUCCUAAAUAAAAAUCAAAACCACCAGACUUUGCAGACAAUACUAAAAAAGUAAAUAGGAUUAUUAAAAUAUUGUUUACGUGUUGAAAUGAUACUGUUUUAGAUACAAUGAGUUAAUAAAAC